AAUCUCGAACCAACUUCUCUCUACACCUCCCAGAAUCAUUUCCUCCUCCUUCUCUCUUCAUUCUUCAUCUCCAAAUCAUCAACCAAUCUUCAACAUCAAUUAAUCACUUCUUUAUCCAAGAUUAAGUCAAGAUUAGCACCAAAGCUUCAAGGAUUGUCAUCUAUCACAAGUUGUGAACCCAUGCUGGAGAUUUUCAGGUGUGAGGAUCUAUUGUGGCAUCAAGGAAAUUCAUGGAUAUAUAAGCCUGACUUGAGAAGCCUCAAGCAAAGGGUAGUCAUGCCAGUUGGAAGUUGCCAGCUUGCUCAUCCAUUUCUUCAACCAAGUCAAGAAUUGCACAAAAGAGGCUAUAACGAGACCCCACAUCAGCUAAGGGAGGCUUAUGUAACUGUCAUCCAUUCAUCAGAAACUUAUGUAUGUGGUGCAAUAGUUUUAGCCCAGAGCAUAAAACAAUCUACCUUAACAAAAGAACUUAUCGUCCUGGUGGAUGAAACUAUAUCUCAAAAAUCCAUUCAUGGCCUCGAAGAAGCAGGAUGGAAAGUUAAGAAAAUCAAAAGGAUUCGAAGCCCACAUGCAAAGAAACACGCAUAUAACGAAUGGAAUUACAGCAAACUUUGGAUAUGGCAACUUGUAGAGUAUGAGAAACUCAUCUUCAUAGACUCGGAUUUCAUUGUCUUGAGAAAUUUGGACAAGUUCUUUACAUAUCCACAGAUAUCAGCAGUUGGGAAUAGCAGACAUGUGUUCAACUCUGGUCUAAUGCUAAUAGAACCAUCAGAAUGUACCUUUAAAUCCCUAAUGGAGAAAACAAAAAUUAUUGGCUCAUACAAUGGGGGUGAUCAAGGGUUUUUGAAUGAAGUUUUCUCAUGGUGGCACCGGUUCCCAUCCGGUUUGAAUUUCAUAAAGAAUUUCAAAUCAAUUCAGGGUGAUAAACACGAAGUGCCAAAUAAUGUCUACACGGUGCACUUUAUUGGCAUGAAGCCAUGGAUGUGUUAUCGAGAUUAUGAUUGUAACUGGGACAACAUAAAUAACCAACAUUUAGCGAGUGACAUGGCACAUAGAUUGUGGUGGAAAGUUCAUGAUAAAAUGCCUCAGAACUUAAAGCAGUAUUGCGCUCUAAAACCACAGGUAGAAGCAGAGAUAAGAAUGUGGAGGGAAAAGGCAAAGAAUGCUAGUUUGGCUGAUGGACACUGGAAAAUCCCACUAAGAGAUCCAAGAAGAAGUUCCCUUGUUUGAUUGUUGUUUUCUUUCUACCUUUUCAAGUAGGAAAUUCUCAUUUUUAAUCUUUGUUUACUCUUGUAAAUUAGUGAUUUUCUCUGCAAGAAUAUUGUUUACUCUUGAUGUUGGCGGUUAAGUAAGGAUAAAGUUGGGGCGGAAAAAAUGUACAUCCAACAAAGAACAUGACUAUCAUUAUGGGACAUACCAGAAUGUCAUAGUGGUCUAUCUUUAUGGGACAGAGGGACUAGUUGUUUUGUUUGGGCUUUAGACCUAAGCUUUAA